UACGUGAUAAUUGCGUCAUCGACGUGGUGACACCACGACCAAUCAGGAGAGCGCGGGGAACCGUUGAGGUUUGAAUUAUCGCCUGGAAGCAGCGGCAGAGUGGAGCUCAUCUCCGGACUUCAAGCGACAUUCGAGCGACAAAACAUCGCGUACUCAUCGCCCACUCUUGGCGCAUUUUUGAAUUUUUAAGUCUUUACUUGCUCCAGUCGUCUAAAGAUGUCGAAGAAACAGAUUUACUAUUCGGACAAAUACAACGACGAGGAGUACGAGUACAGGCACGUGGUGCUGCCAAAGCAGCUGACCAAACUGGUCCCGUCUUCCCACCUGAUGACAGAGGACGAGUGGAGGGGCUUGGGUGUCCAGCAGAGCCAGGGCUGGAUUCACUACAUGAUCCACAAACCAGAGCCACACAUUCUUCUGUUCCGGAGGCCGCUCCCCAAAGACUGAAGUGGACUCUACACCUGCUGUUCUUCUUGUUCUUCUUCCCCAGUCUGGACGACGUGCUGCUUCUGCCCCACAUCUCUAAUGUAUAGAGUAGUCUGGAAAGUGUUCGCUCAAAUGAACUAUCUACUGUUUUACGCCUCUUUUCUCUUGAUGGAGCAUGAGAUUGUUUUACUUGCAGAGUGGUCACACGUACGCACACACUCCAGCUUUGUUAUGUUUCUUUUCCUCCUGAGGAACUCUUUGACCAUCCACGGUCCUCUUUUAAAUGUAAAUAUUUCCUAGACGUUACGAGUGAGUCAGCGGUGACUGGGUCACAGUGGACUCCCCACACUGUUGAACUCUGUUAAACAAAAUAAAUA